AUGUCCAUCUACUCAGACCCGCCGGCGCUGCGAGACUUUUCGCAGGACAAGCCCUCGCUGCUGGUCUGCUGGUGGGCCACCAUCUUCUGCGCCCUCAUGAUCCUGCUGCGAAUCGCCGGCCGCUUCAUUCGAACCGAGAGGCUCUUUUCCGAGGACAAGUUCGCCGCAGUCGCCCUGAUUCCCAUGUUCUUGCGCAUGGGAUGCGUCCACUUUAUCCUCGUCCAUGGAACCAACAAUGCCGACUUCACCGGCGUCACCCUCACUGCCGAGGAAAUCCGAAAGAAAUCCAUAGCCAGCGGCCUGGUGCUUCUCAGCCGUGUACUCUAUGCCGCUACUCCUUAUUUGGGUUGGCUUUGUUGGCGCAACGAAUUCUCAAUCACACACUGCACCAAUCUGUGGAUUCUCAAGGGCACAAUCCUCGAGUUUCUAAAACGAAUCGCCGAUCUCACCUGGCAGCGAACCCAUCACUACACCCUCGUCGCCAUCCGAUGCUCCCUGGGCCUCACCUUCAUCGCCGUCGUCAUUAGCGAUCUCGCCGAAUGCAACCCCUUCAGACACUACUGGCAAGUCCUGCCUGACCCUGGUGGUCAGUGUCGCCAGGGCUAUGUCCAGCUCAUCACAAUGGCCGCCUGCAACAUCCUCACCGACCUGAUGCUCGUCAUCUUCCCCAUCCCCAUCAUUAUCCAGAGCAACAUGCAGUUUCGCAGGAAGCUCCAGCUCCUCAUCCUGUUUUCUCUCAGCCUGUCCGUUGUGGCAGUCACCAUCUACCGAAUUCCGCACAUCAUGGACGUAAACGGCCGACAGCAGUACCGAUCGCUGCUCGCUUCCGUCGAGUUGAUUUUCGCAACUGCAUCCGCAAACGCCCUUGUCUUGGGCUCCUUUGUACGAGAUCGAGGUGUCAAGAAACAGAAGCCCAGACGAACUUCCACCGCUGCCGAGUCGUUCGAACGCAGCACCACCAUCCGGAGACCAACUAUCCACCGACAAUGGGGCAGCGACGAAGACUUGGUCAGAGAUGUUGGUCUGACCGUCGAGCCUGAGCUUCGAGAGCAGCCAGACAGCCCGUCAUCCGAUCUGUACGCGCCAAUCAGGCCAAUGCAAUCUGCCGAGCAGGGCUCGGAUAAGUGGCGUCAUCAGCGGGAGCAACGGGAGCAACAUGAGCAAGAGGAUAGUGCCCAGGAUAGCGCCCCGGAAAGCACUCCAGAAAGCGCAAAGGCAAGCCAAGAUCUGCUGAUAUACAAGACCGAAUCCCGGACCGAAUCCCACCACGAAUCUAGAAAGCUCUCCUUGUUUGACGUCGGCGGCCUUCUUGAGGAUGGACCCGGCACAAGCAGUGGAAGCUACAGAAGAGGCAGCAGCUUUACUUCCUCUUCCAUGGAAGCCAGCACCUCUCAAACUGCCCCGCCGGCGUCUAGAAAGGCCAGCGUAAACGGUGUGCGGCGUGGAUCAACGGCGCUGCUUCAAGAUCUGGGCGGACUCCUGGGCCCCCUCAACUCAAAGUCGUCUGUGCGAUCAAAACACCGAACCGGAACCGAGCUGCAGCCUAUCCAACAAUCUCACCAAGAGCAUCACGCCUCCCAAGGCGAAGGCUCUGAUCUUGUUCUCAAUGACCCUGGUGGCCUCUUGCGAUGA